AUGCUUACCUACAAAUUGGGUUACCCGGAGAUUUUGAAAGGAUUUCCUGUGACACCAUACAUUAGUAGAUACCUUCCUCCAUUUGAUGAGUUCGAAGUGGACCAUUGUGAUCUUCCUACAGGGAAAUCGACGGUUUUUCCGGCAAUCUCGGGACCUUCGGUUUAUCUGGUUAUCGAAGGAAAAGGGAAAUUGGAAACCGGUUCAUCUCAAUUGUUGGUUAACGGAGGAGAUAUUUUGUUUGUUCCGGCUCAUAUCGAGAUUCAUGUGACCGGAGAAAGUGAUGUGAUGAAGCUUUACAGAGGUGGAGUCAGCAGCAGAUUCUUCCAAACAUUGUAG